CCGCUUCAGUACCGAAGGCAGAUUCAGCACAGGCACGGGAGGCAUUCUGGUUCUCUCAUUAAAUUCCAUUGCUGCUGUAUCCCUGAACAUGGGUAUCCCUGAAGAAUGGGAAUCUUCCUUGGCCCCCGCUCAGGAAUGGGUUUAAGUAUUUUCAGAAAAUGACAGUGACACCUACACAAGAAGGAAAACAAAAUGUAGUGAUAAUGGGUAAAAGGACUUGGUUCUCCAUUCCUGAGAAGAAUCGCCCUUUAAAAGGCAGAAUUAAUAUAGUACUCAGCAAGGAACUGGUGAAAAUUCCUGAAGGAGCCCAUUACCUGGCCAAAAGUCUAGAUCAGGCAUUAGAUCUUCUGGAAUCACCAGAGUUGGCAAGUAAAAUAGACAUGAUUUGGAUAGUUGGAGGCACUUCAGUUUAUAAGGCAGCAAUGGACAAGCCAGUUCAUCAACGAUUGUUUGUGACAAGAAUCCUGCAUUACUUUGAAAGUGAUACAUUCUUUCCAGAAAUUGAUUUAGAAAAAUACAGGCGUUUCCCAGGUGUCCCUGCUGAUAUUCAAGAAGAGAAUGGCAUUCAGUACAAAUUUGAAGUGUAUGAAAAGAGCAUCUAAAUUUCACUUGAUGUGACAACUCUUUGCUCAAAACAAGCUUCUUAAUUUAAUCCAUUUUGGCAGAAUAAACGCUUCCCUCCCUCAUGUGCUCUCCGCAUUGCUUCCCCCUGACAACUGCAGAUGCUGAGAAUCAGACAGAGGGAGCACCAGGCUCUCCUUUGCCCUCCCAGAGACCAAAAUUACAUGGGAGUAAGCUCCACUGAAA